ACAGCCGCUCCACUUAGCUGAAAAGCACCUCUAGUCCUCAAGGGGAGCUACUCUGCGUGUGUCUCUGUGUCUGUGUGUGUGGGAUUAGGGAAGCAUGCGACCUCCGAGGGGUAGAGGGGGUGGUUUUAGGGGGGGUAGAGAUGGUGGUUUUAGAGGGGGUAGAGACGGUGGUCGCGGUGGAAGCAGAGGUGGACGUUUUGGUGGCCGUGGCGGCGGUGGAUUUCGCGACGAAGGACCUCCUGCGGAAGUUACAGGUGGAGGUUGCUUCCUUUCUUCAUGCAUGUGAAGGUGACGCUGUAACCAAGCUCACGAAUGAGAAAAUACCAUACUUCAAUGCACCUAUCUAUCUGCAGAACAAGACCCAGAUUGGGAAGGUUGAUGAAAUAUUUGGUCCCAUCAAUGAAUCUUUAUUUUCGAUUAAGAUGAUGGAAGGCAUCGUGGCGACUUCAUAUUCGUUGGGUGACAAGUUUUACAUUGACCCGGGGAAGCUUUUGCCCUUGUCAAGAUUUCUCCCACAGCCAAAGGGACAGGCACAAGCCGGUGGAAGAGGUGGAGGUCGUGGAGGCAGAGGUGGCUCUUUUAGAGGUGGUGGGCGAGGUGGUGGUUUUCGUGGAAGGGGUGCCCCAAGGGGAGGCAGGGGUGGCUCUUUUAGAGGUGGUGGCCGUGGUGGUGGCUUUAGGGGCCGAGGGAGGUCAUAGAACAAUUGCAUAUCUUUUUUCACCUGUCAUUCCAAAGUGUGUUUUUGGGCAAUGGAAUGCAACAGAGAAUAUUGUGUUUUGAGGACCCCAAUGAUCAGUGUUUGAUAGAAAUUGAGUAGUCUUUAUUACUUAUUGCCAUUAUGGUUAUCAGCAAAAGCAAUUCUAUUCAAAUUGCA